CCCGGACGUGCAGGAGGAGGGACCGCUAGUCCGGCUGGGUUUGUAUGCUUGUGACGGGACAAGGAUGCGAUUGUAACUUGACAUGAACGCGUCUGCGGACACUUAACGCCAGGGAGAGAAAAGUCAAAAAGUUUUGUCACGCUUUACUCGCUCGGGGAAUGAGCGAGAGGAAAGUUGGCAUCGAGCUGUGAGGAGCAGGAGGAGGGGGAGAAGAAGAGACUGCUCACCUGGAGACGGACGGACAAGAAGGAAACUUAAGGCGACGAUGGCCGAGCACGAGAGCCUCGAGUUCGGCAAAGCCGACUUUGUGCUUCUGGACACCGUGUCCAUAGAGGAGUUUAUGGCCAACCUCAAGCUCAGAUUCGAGAAAGGGAAAAUCUACAGUUACAUCGGCGAAGUGGUGGUGUCAGUCAAUCCCUACCGUGUCAUGAACAUCUAUGGGCGCGACAUGGUGGAGCAGUACAAAGGCCGCGAGCUCUAUGAGAGGCCACCCCACCUCUUCGCCAUAGCAGAUGCUGCCUACAAAGCCAUGAAAAGGCGCAGCAAAGACACCUGCAUUGUCAUUUCAGGGGAAAGCGGGGCCGGAAAGACGGAAGCCAGCAAGUACAUCAUGCAGUACAUUGCUGCUAUCACCAACCCCAACCAGCGGGCUGAAGUCGAGAGGGUGAAGAACAUGCUGCUGAAGUCCAACUGCGUCCUGGAGGCCUUCGGGAACGCCAAAACCAACCGAAACGACAAUUCCAGCCGCUUCGGGAAGUACAUGGACAUCAACUUUGAUUUUAAGGGGGACCCGAUUGGCGGACACAUUAGCAACUACCUACUAGAGAAAUCAAGAGUGAUUUUUCAGCAAGAAGGCGAGAGAAGCUUUCACUCCUUCUAUCAGCUACUAAAAGGAGCUCCUGAUGCCCUGCUUCAUUCUCUCCACAUUCAUCGAGAUCCCAAAAUUUACAACUACAUUAAAGUGGGGGCCCAGAUAAAGUCCAGCAUCAACGACAGCGCGGAUUUCAGAGCCGUGUCAGACGCCAUGAAAGUGAUUGGCUUCACAGGGGACGAGAUCGGAACAGUCUACAAGAUCCUGGCCACUAUUUUACACUUGGGGAACUUGACAUUCGCUGUGGACGGCGACACGACGCUGAUAGAGACCAACAAGCUGGUGUCGGUGAUGGCCGAGCUGCUGUCCACCAAGCAGGAAAAUGUGGAGAAGGCUCUGCUGUUCCGCACGGUGUCCACGGGCCGUGACGUCAUCGAGAAGGAGCACACGGCGCAGGAGGCCGGUUAUGGACGCGAUGCUUUUGCAAAGGCAAUGUACGAGCGUCUCUUCUGUUGGAUUGUGGGACGCAUCAACGACAUCAUCCAGGUGAAAAACUACGACGCCAGGGUGCACGGGAAGGACACCGUCAUUGGGGUUCUGGACAUCUACGGCUUUGAGAUCUUCCAGAACAACAGCUUUGAGCAGUUCUGCAUCAACUAUUGCAACGAGAAGCUGCAACAGCUCUUCAUCCAGCUGGUGUUAAAGCAGGAGCAGGAGGAGUACCAGCGAGAAGGCAUUCCUUGGAAACAUAUCGACUACUUCAACAACCAGAUCAUCGUAGACCUGGUGGAACAGCAGCACAAGGGAAUUUUCUCCGUGUUGGACGAAGCCUGCAUGAAUGUGGGCAAAGUCACCGAUGAGCUUUUCCUGCAGGGACUCAAUGGCAAGCUAGCCAAACACGCCCAUUACACUAGCCGCAAGCUCUCACCGACUGACAAGAGUUUGGAGUUUGACCGAGAUUUUCGCAUCAGACACUAUGCUGGAGAUGUGGCAUAUUCGGUGGUCGGAUUCAUUGACAAGAACAAAGACACGCUGUUUCAGGACUUUAAGAGGUUGCUAUACAACAGUUCCAACCCGGUGCUGAAGGCCAUGUGGCCCGAAGGCAAACUGAGCAUCACAGAGGUCACCAAAAGGCCGCUGACUGCCGCCACCCUUUUUAAGAACUCCAUGAUCUCCUUGGUGGAAAACCUGGAGAGCAAGGAGCCCUACUAUGUGCGCUGCAUCAAGCCGAAUGACGUCAAAUCACCGCUGCUCUUUGAGCGCGAGCGUUGCCGCCAUCAGGUGGAGUAUUUGGGCCUGCUGGAGAAUGUGCGAGUGCGCCGUGCCGGAUUCGCCUACAGGCAGACGUACACACGAUUCCUACAGAGGUACAAGAUGAUCUCAGAGUUCACGUGGCCCAAUCACGACCUCCCCUCAGACAAGGAGGCGGUCAAGAAGCUCCUUCAGGGGUGCCGAUUUGACAACGAUGUGGCCUAUGGAAAGACCAAGGUGUUUGUGCGCACGCCACGCACACUCUUCAGUUUGGAGGAGCAGCGCACUGAAAUGCUCCAGAGGAUUGUUCUGUUCCUGCAAAAGGUUUGGCGAGGCACAAUUGCCCGUAUCCGCUACCGACGGAUGCGUGCAGCCAUGGUUAUUAUCCGGGCUUACCGCCACUAUAAAGUGAAGUCAUACAUUCGUGAGCUGAACCGCCGCUUCCGCAACGUGCGCUCCAUGAAGGACCGUGGCCGGCACAUCAAGUGGCCCACGCCGCCUAAAGUUCUGCGCAGGUUCGAGGAGGCGCUCAGGAACAUCUACAACAGAUGGUGGGCCUGGACACUGAUCAAAGGCCUGACUGCAGAGGAGGCUCUGCAGGUGAGGGCCAAAGUGGCAUGCUAUGAGGCUCUCAAGGGCCACAGGAUUGACUUGGGGCUGCAGAGACCCUGGGAAGGAAACUAUUUGAAGCGAGACAGUCCCAACAGCACGGCGUCCUUCACGUUGGUCUCCAGCGAGCUGCAGCGCAGAGAUAAAUUCAUGCGGGUUCUGUUCGCGUGCAACGUACGAAAGAUCAACCACUUCCACAAAGCAGAGGACCGAGUUGUGCUCAUCACCGACCGCCACCUGUACAAAAUGGACCCCCUCAAGCAAUACAAGCCCAUGAAGAGCAUCCCCCUCUACAACGUGACGGGCAUGAGCGUGUCGCCGGGGAAGGACCAGCUAGUGGUGUUCCACACCAAGGACAGCCGCGACUUGGUGGUGUGCCUGCAGGGCCUGGUGCCCGCCAACGAGAGCCGCAUCGGGGAGCUUGUGGGAGCCCUGCUCAGCCACUUCAAGAGCGAACGUCGGCGUCUCCAAGUGAAUAUCGCCAGCCCCAUCCAGUGCAGCAUGAACGGCAGGAAAUGCAUGGUGGUAGUGGAGCCCAAAACCAACCAAUCGCAACCCGACUUCACCAAGAGCCGUGCCGGCUACGUGCUAGCCGUGCCUGCCAACUGAAGGCGUGACUGAAAGGUGACUGACUUGCCGAAUCGUCCAAUCGCAGCUUUAAAAAAGUUAGCACUGUUGGAUCGUCUUUUUUUUCUUUUUUUGUGCAAUAUUGAUGUCUUUUUCUUGUCGAUCCAAGGAUAAGUUGAAUUUUGUUGAUGAAGGAUUUAAAUGGUUGUUCAUGCCAAAGUCUUGAUUUAGAUUUUUUUUUGUUUUUAGUCGGGAUGUGUUGAGCACAUCUUUGAUUUAAUUAAGUUAAUUUAAAAACGUCAUGACCACACUUUAAAUUAAAAUGCAGCAAGGUGAGCGAUUUGUUGGUUUGUCUUACAUUUUUGAGGUACGCAGUUCGGGUCUCUGUUCUCCUUAUUACACUCCCAGAAAAUGUUAGAUUAAUGGAAUACUCAAGAUUUGUGACAGCACUAACAUAUAUAUAUAUGUUAUCGUGAACAGCGAAAAUAUGUAUAUACUGUAUUAGAGCUGUCACUUGAAAAAUGUAGUGCUUAUAUUUAAAGCCUAAAUCUGAAAAUACAUUUUUGUUUAUGUUUAUAUGCAUGUUUUUCAAAAAACAAAUCUGUUAAAAAGUGGGACUAAGUUUUGUUAAGCAAAAAAAAAUGUUAUAUUUUUGGAUUUGUAAGUAUUCAGCAUACGAAAUAUUGAUUGAAUUGUGUUUUAAUUAUUCAGCUGAUUAAUUGGUGCCAAGAAAACUCGUAUCAGUCAUGCUGAUUUAAUGACUCGUUAACUAGCACGCUAAUAGAUGCCAAUCAACCACCCCUUUAUGUUAUAUCGUGUGUGUCAAGUGAGCCAAAAAUCGCGUUUGUGUUCAGUGGCGCAAAAGUGACUUGUGCGUGCGCCGGAGUGCCCAAUCCGCUUGUUAUCCUCCACUUGGCCUCGCAACCAACACACACAGGCACGCCAAGAAGAAGAAGAGGUCAAAAAAAAGUCCUCCUCACUCUUCUUCCUUACUUCUUAACUCAUUGGCUGCCAUUGAUGGUGAUAGACAAACCGGGGUUGCUUUAAACAUGAAAACUUUUGACUAUUUAAUACUUAGAACACUAAAACUAAGGCAACAUAUCAACACACUAAUUUUAUGAUUUAACAUUGGUUGCCAGCUAAAGUAUUACUGUCUAUCACAAUGUAAAACCAUGGUGAAUCACGGUCUCCAUACUUUCAUAAUACAAAAAAUAUACAUUAAAAGUACAUGAAGUACAAUUGGAACCUUGACAUUGAAUUUAUUCAGAACCAAAGUUGUGUAUUCUCAGUUUACAAACACACCAAAUCAGCUAGCUAACCUAACUCAAACUACCAAAAAUUGGACAUCUAUCCCCGUCAAGGUGUAAAAUCAAGAUCCCGCAGCAUACUCAACACAACAUAAGAGUACACUUGCGCCAAAUUUCCGUUCUUGUUCGUUAUUUAUUGUGUUUUAUGUUUAUGCAUUCACAAGUGCCUCAGUUUAUUUUACAUUUGUUCUUAUUCUCAUACAAUAAACAGACCAUGCAGUA